UCUCUGAAAUGACGUUUCAGCAAAGGUCCAGAUAAAGUCCUCUCAAGGUCCUGCUCAGCGGGACCAGAAGAAUGUUUUCCGUUUUGGGGAAUCAGUGGCAGAAUUUACCUUCAGUUUCCAGCACGUUCCCCUUAAAUCCACUUCUGUGGAGGCUUCUGGCUCAGAUCAUGCAGAAGAAACACGUAAACAUGAAAACGAAGAGGACUAUAAGCCGGUUGUGCUGUUACCUGAUCUAGUUGAGAUCUUGACUGGAGAGGAGAAUGAGCUAGUGGUUUUCAGUCACAGAGCCAAACUAUAUCGCUAUGACAAAGAAUCACCGCAGUGGAAGGAAAGAGGCAUAGGUGACCUUAAAAUACUUCAGAACAAUGAAAGCAGACGUGCAAGACUCGUGAUGAGGAGAGAGAAGGUCCUGAAGUUAUGUGCAAACCACUGGAUUACUCCAAACAUGAAGCUGGAGCCGAUGGAAGCGUCUGAGAAAGCGUGGACAUGGAGCGCUCUUGAUUUGCUGAUGGACACAGCAGCGUUCAGACAUUAGCAGCACGGUUUAGACUGCAGGAGACGGCAGACGCUUUCAAGAAAUGCUUUCAAGAAGCAGUGGCCACUUCAUUCACUGGAGCAGAGAGACGUGACACAGAAGAGAAGAUGAUUAUGGCUGAUUUUGAGAUCGUGUUUGAGCGAAAGCCCACAGCAGAACAAGCCGAACUGGCAGCCAGACUGAUGCUUCCUCACACGUUCUUCUGUUACAGAAAUGAGCCGAGAUACACCAGGGAUGAGGAUGAUGAUGAUGAAGAUUUUGAAGUGGCUGUCAGAUCUCUGAAAGGAAAGUUGUAUCCUGAUGCAGUCGGUGAUCAUGAUGCUGGAGCUGCAACCAAGACACAAAAUCACAAAGAGGAAGAGAACAGUGAUGAUGACAACGAUGAUGAAGCAGUUAAUCAUGUGGAGCUUCCAUCGGUUGAGGAGAAUGAAGAGGAGAUUUUGUUCAACGAAUGGACCAAACUUUUCCUCUGGGACUGUGAUGUUAACAAGUGGAAAUCCUGUGGUGCAGGACACAUUAAGGUGCUUCUCCAUCCGGUGAAGAAGCGUUACCGUGUGUUUAUGUGUCGAGAGGGGGAUGAAAAGCUGCUGGUCAAUCACUGCAUUACCAGAAGCACUCAUCCUAAACCUGUGAGCACCAAUGCAAACGCACUGUCCUGGAUGGAUGAAGACCACUCAGAUGGAGAUGCUGAAGGUCAGCAGUUUGCUGCCAAGUUUAAGACUCGGGAUCUGGCAGAUUCACUCAGAAAAACCUUGACAGACUGUCAGUGUCACAUGAUCGGAAAAUAA